AUGACGAGGCUUCCGUAUAGAAGUGCGGCCAGCUUGCUGCUCAGACCGCGGCCCGUGGCCUGGAUCCCGAGAGCCUGGGAGUCUACGACCUCGGCAGACCAGGACAAGGACGGCCACAUUGAAAAGGCACCCAACGAGUCCAUUCUGUGGUUCGACAAUCUCUUUCCACUCAAGCCCUCGGGACUCCUUCGCAUCCCCUGGUUCAACCCCGAGUCCGACCUGACGGAGCUGCUGAGGCGCUUCGAAAACUCGAGCCUCGGCAUCAUGGACCCCAUCAACCUCGUCAAGCGUGCGAUCCCAAGCGAGGCGCCCAUGAAGGUCACCGAGAUCAUCCCCAGGCUCAAGGACGGCGGCGUCUUUGUCAAGUUCCAGCACCCAGCCAAUGUCCCCGCGCACGACAUCGAGGGCCUGGUCACCAAACUGCUCGCAGAAAAACGCAUAAAACCGUUCUUCAGCCCACUGCGCAGCGUUCAGGCUGGUCUGGUCCGCGGCGUGCCUUGGCUGGAGGACCUGCACAGGUUCCCCAAGGCUCGUUUAAGGGUAGAGUUCGUGCCACCAAACCCGGGCGGGGAGGCGGUUGAGCUGUCCCAGGAGGAUCUGUACAGCAUGUUCCGCAAGUACGGCAAGAUCGCCGAGAUUACUUCGCAGCCGUGGGACUCCAAGGUGCUGCCAAAGUUUGCUUAUGUCGACUUCGCUCUCGUGCGCGACGCCAUCAUGGCUCGCAACUGCCUGCAUGGUUACGUGGUGUCCGAGGCCAAGGGUGGCGGCAAGUCCGGCACCAAGCUGAGAAUGUCCUACGAGGAGCGCACAAAGCAGCAUCGCUUCUGGGACUGGAUGACCAACCACCCGCGCAUCGUCAUUCCUGUGCUUGUGGCGCUUCUCACGGGUCUUACUGUCGUCAUCUUCGACCCUAUCCGCUCUUUCUUUGUCAAGUCCCACGUAACACACAGGUUCCGUCUCAGCAACUCGAAGCUCUACCGCUGGUUCAGGAAGCAGACGACAGAUCUCUUCCACAGAGACAAGUCAGAAAAGGCUGGCCUCGAGGCCAUCUGGACCCACCGUCAAGACCUGAUCGAGCAGAUACGAAAAUGGCUGAUGGAGACCGCCGAGACCUUUAUUGUUGUUCAAGGACCGAGGGGAUCUGGCAAGAAGGAGCUCGUGCUCGAGCAGGCUCUGAAAGACAAAACCAACAUCCUGCUGAUUGACUGCAAGCCGAUCGUAGAGGCUCGCGGCGAGAGUGCGACCAUCAAGCAAUUAGGCUCGGCCGUUGGCUACCGGCCAAUCUUUUCAUGGGCAAACAGCAUGAGCAGCAUGAUCGACCUGGCAGUCCAAAGCACCACUGGAGUCAAGGCGGGCUUUUCGGAAACCUUGGAGUCGCAACUCCAGAAGAUCCUGCACACGACAGCUGGCGCGCUUACAGAGAUUUGCUUGUCGUCAAGGCACAAGACGGACAGCGAUGCUGCCCUGCCUGACGACGCCUACCUCGAAGCGCAUCCAGAAAAGCGGCCAGUGGUUGUCAUUGAGAAUUUCCUGCACAAAGGUGAUGCAAAUGCGAUUGUGUACGACAAGAUCUCGGAGUGGGCAGCAGCCCUUGUCCAAUCUAAUGUGGCACACGUCAUCUUCCUGGCGAACGACUCCUCGUAUACGAAAACUCUUACAAAAGCACUCCCGGACAGAGUGUUCCGGCACGCCGCUUUGGGUGACCUGUCUCCAGAGGUUGCGAAACGCUUCAUCCUGAGUCACGUUGAGCAAACGAAAGAGGAGAGGAAGGCGGAACAAGAAGCAGAGGAGGAGGGCGACGAAGAGAAACUCAAGGUAGCCUACGUGCGACCCAACUUGAGAAACCUCGACGAGAGCCUGGAUGUUCUCGGAGGUCGACUGACGGAUCUGGAGUUCCUGGCGCGGCGUCUGAAGGCUGGACAGUCCCCUAAGCAGGCUGUUGCGGAGAUUACCGAUCAAGCCGCGUCGGAAAUCUUGAAGAUGUUCCUCUUGCCGGGCAGAAUCAAUAGCGACUCAGACCACAGCUGGUCAGUCGAGCAGGUCUGGUAUCUGGUCAAGGCACUCGCCAAGAAAGAGAGCCUGCGGUACAAUGAGAUCUUGCUCUCGGAUACCUUCAAAUCCUCUCUGAGCGCUCCCAAUGGCGAGUCCGCUCUCGAGGGUCUCUCUUCGCUUGAGCUCAUCACGAUCAAGACGCGCCUGGGUCGACCUGAGAGUAUCGUUGUGGGCAAGCCGGUUUACCAAGCCGCAUUUGAGCGCCUCGUCAACGACCCGGUCCUGAGCGCCAAGCUCGACUUUACUGUCCUGACGGAACUGGUCAAGGUCGAAGCCAAGAACAUUGAAAAAUACGAGGCGGAGCUGAUCUCGCUCGCCACGCUGCCGAAACAGCCGGCCCAGAUCACGCCGCGCGUGACAUAUUUGCUCAGCAAGCUCGAUGCCAGCCAGAAGAAGAUCGAGGGCUACGAAAAGGAGCAAGGCGCACUCAAGAUGGUGUUGUCCAAAGAGAAUUAA